CAGCUGGCACCUGGCACCCGCAGCUCCAGUCCCGGUCUGGAUUUGUCCAGCGACGCGUUCCCCGCCGGGGGUGUGUUAGGUGGAGCUCUCUUUCCGACCCUCGACAUGGUUAUCAAAGUGUUUGUGGCCACAUCUUCUGGGUCCAUAGCGAUUAGGAAGAAACAGCAGGAAGUGGUGGGCUUUUUAGAAGCUAACAAAAUCGACUUUAAGGAACUCGACAUAGCUGGAGAUGAAGACAAUCGACGGUGGAUGAGAGAGAACGUUCCUGGAGAGAAAAAGCCUCAGAAUGGGAUCCCUCUGCCUCCCCAGAUCUUCAACGAAGAGCAGUACUGUGGGGAUUUUGACUCUUUCUUCUCUGCCAAAGAAGAGAAUAUCAUUUAUUCAUUCCUUGGUCUGGCUCCCCCUCCAGGGUCAAAGGUAACAAAGUCGCCCGAGGAAGGAUCUUCCCUUCCCAAUGGUGAUGUAGCAGGAGAGGCAGAGAGCACCACUGAGGGAACAGAGAAGACAGAAGAAACCGGAGAGAAUGAGGGACAGGAGGAGAACAGUGAAGAGGCAGGCAACCUCCCUGAGUCCCAGGAGAAGAAUGAAGAGGAGGGAGAGAGAGCAGCAGACGAGACAGAGGACGUCCCAGAGGAGGCUGCAGAAGAGGAGGCCGGGGAUGAGGAGGCCGAAGCCGGGGAAGAGGAUCCAGGAGAAGAGGGCGAGGACUCCUAGGCUCCUCACUGUAGCCCUGCAGCCCACAGAACCAUGAAGAAAUGUUUCAAGCCACGAAGUGAUAUUUCAAGUUAUGAAGCAACAUUUCAAAGCAUGAAACAACAUUUCAAACGUUUCCCUAUAAACUCAGCGACAUACUUGGUCUGGAAGCGCAUGCACCCUCUCACUGCGUCGGGCACUCGCCGCGGACUUGCACGGUCCAAGGUGGUUUGCUGUACACGGAUGGCUGCUCCAUCAUGUCGACGUGAGGUUGAAUGCGUAGAGUAUGUGCGUGUCUUCUUCAUGUGCCUGAUACUCUUGGCCUUCGCUUAUUUUACUUUUUCUUCUUUUUGCUCUGCACGCAUAGACCUUAUUAGUACCUUGCAUCAAAUGAGCACAAGGAAUAGAACUUUUUAUGGCGAAAGCAUUUCGCU